UCUUUUUCACACAGCCCACCACUUCUCUACUUUUUAGAACGGAUCAACCAAAUCAAACUCCCCUUUCCUUUUCAAAUCCCAAAAUAUACGCCACAUGCCAUAAUUAGCUAAUAACAAUUAUUACCCCAUAAUUGCUCCAUUAUAAAUACACACCUACGCACAUACACACAUUCAUAGCCCUCUCAGAAAUUUAAGUAACAAAGAACACGGCAGAGCUAGCCAUGUCGUCGCCGACUUCUACAGCAGCGCUUCUUUUCGCAGCUGCGGUCGCCGCCGUAUGCUUCGUCGCGGCCGCGAACGGCGAGGGCAAGGCGAAGGCGAAGGCGCCUGCGGUGUACGUGUUCGGCGACUCGACGAUGGACGUCGGCAACAACAACUACCUCCCCGGGAACAGCUCCAAGGCCAACUUUCCGCACUACGGCGUCGACUUCCCGCGCUCGACGCCGACGGGGAGGUUCAGCAACGGCUUUAACGGCGCCGACUUCUUGGCUAAAAGAGUGGGCUUCAAAAGGAGCCCUCCCCCAUAUCUCUCUCUCCCACAUAAGAGCACUUCUCAAAUCCACAGAGGCCUCAUUGGAGUCAACUUUGCAUCUGCAGGAUCUGGCAUUCUCAACACCACAGGGUCUACUAUUACUAUGAGCAAGCAAAUAGAAGAUUUCGCUACGCUCAAAUCGCAGAUCUUAUCAAAACUAAGUCCGAAAAGAGCCGACUUCUUGCUCUCAAAAUCGAUCUUCAUCAUUAGCUCGGGCGGGAACGACGCAUUCGCCUUCUUCUCGCAGAACAAAUCUCCGAACGCCACCGUAGUAAAACUCUUCAUCGAUACCUUCGUAUCGAACUAUGCGAGCCAUAUCAAAAAAUUGUACGAUUUGGGCGCAAGAAAGUUUGAGGUGAUCGAUGUGACGACAAUGGGAUGCUGCCCGUAUGCGCGAACAUUGAAUCCGACCGGAGAAUGCAUCGAUGCAUUGAAUGAAUUGGCCAAAGUUUUGAAUGAUGCUGUUAGGGUUUUGUGGAACCAACUUAGCACACAACUGCAAGGUUUGAAGUACUCAGUGGGGAGUUCAUAUGAGUUGGUGUCUACUGCCUUAGCCAACCCUAAUUCAGUAGGAUUCAUCGAGGUGAAGAGUGCGUGCUGCGGCGGCGGGAAGUUCAACGCCGAGAUCUGGUGCGCGCCGAACACGACUUUCUGCUCCGACCGGACCAAGUACCUGUUCUGGGACAGUCUGCACCCCACCCAGGCUGCUUCUAAAUUGGCCGCCUUUAUGUUCUACAAUGGCCCUCCCCAGUUUGCCUCCCCUAUCACUCUCAAACAGCUUGUGGAGGACACUUACUAAUCAAGGAUCAUAAACUUAAUUAGUUUUAUCCUUUAUUUUUUUUCUUCUUUUUCAUGUGAACUUUUUUUUAUCCUUUUUUUUUCUUUUUUGUGCUCAUUCAUCUAGAUCGAUUGAUAGAUGCUUAAUAAAUGGGAGGAAAUUGUGGUUGUUGGUUUGGCAAAUAAAACAUAAUACUCCCAUAUUGGAUUAA